UUGAUUCGGCGGUUAAUCGAUUGCGUCACAUUCGUCACUUUAAGUCAUUUUCAGGUUUUGUUAUCGUUUUUAUUUUGGUUGCAUUGCAAUAUAAAAACAUGAUUAGACAAACCGACCUUCAUGAUAUCGUGGCAACCAAUGACGGACCCCCAUUGCAGAGAUAUCGCAAAAGAUCUCUAAGUGAGUUAAUCAAUUCCAAGGUGCCAGAACAAAUUGAAGACAAUAAAAUGCCCGUGGACCUGUUGCGACGAGCCAGCGAGACUGCAACGAUUAGCAUUCUAGAUUUAGAGUCGGAAAAUGAGCGCCUAUUGGGUGAAAAGCUGGCAAUGCAAGAGGAUAAAGGUCAAAAGCGUCCGCAGCCUCCGCCGCGAGCAAACAUGUUCAGCAAGGGACAACAGAGCACUGGAAACGGCAAGCGAAACCAGCAACAACAUCAACAGCAACUGCAACAGCAACAACAAUUGCAGGCGAACAAUAGAGUCGCAGUGUCGCAGAGUAACAACAUGACGGAGAAUGGCAACUCUGCUGCUGGUGGUAAUCCUGCACUGCCAGCACAUACUAAAUUAGACAUACAAAAAUUCUCCGAGGAGCACAAUAAUGUUGCCGCGUCUGAUGUUGCUGCUGUUGUUGUCGCUGGCAAUGUGGACGAGACGGCACAAAAUGCAGCAACAAUCAUUUUAGCGCCGACAUCAUUAAAUUUAACAAAUACAACACCAAAUGCUCCCCCCGGCGGCAACAACAGCAACAACAAUGGCAACAAUAGCAACAGGACUAACACAGACAGUGGCAACAAUGGCACGGGUUACCCAGCACACGGCGAGCACUACAAAGGACCUAAAUGGUGGCGUCACUUGGUUCUGCACUGGUCGCUUGUGUCGGAGCAUGUUGCCCUGCUGGUGAUAUUUCUGGGUCUCUGGGCUCUGGGUCUGGCAUUGUUGCCGGAAUAUGCGACACCCUCGACUACCAUCAUGCGUAUUAUACUGCUUUUUGUGGGUGCACAAAUAUCGGGUAUACUGGUGACCUUCAUCCAUUUGCCGGACAUGUUGGGCAUGCUCUUCUUUGGAGUGCUCUACACCAACGUGGGCUUGGCAAAUUUCGAGGGCUACCAACGCUUUGAGGUCUUUUUGAGAGAAAUGGCUUUAAUCAAUAUCAUGCUGUUAGCUGGCUUGGGUCUGGAUGGCAGCGCUUUUAGGCGGUUGUGGCUUAUGAUUCUGCGACUGACACUGGUGCCGACCAUAGUCGAAGUGGCCGUAAUAGCCGUGCUGGCUUAUUUCACCUUAUCCAUGCCCUGGCUAUGGGGCAUCGCUUUGGGCCUGGUCAUCACAGCCGUCUCACCCAAUGUCGUUGUCACAGUCAUGCUGAAGCUGAAGGAGGAUCGACUGGGAUUAAACAGUGGCAUCCAUACGCUCAUCUACGCAAUGACCACAUGCAACGACGUCGUGGCCAUCUUCAUGUUUGGCGUCGUAAUCAGCAUUAUAUUCUCCACAAGCACGCUGACACAAAAAGUGCUGCAAGGUCCCAUUGGCAUUGGUAUUGGACUUGUUUUUGGCUAUCUAUACGGCAUGAUGCUGCACUAUUUGCCAUCUCGUAAUGCGGUUUAUGCUAAUGGAUUGCGCUUUGUUCUGACCAUCUUGGGUGGCACCAUUGCUGUGAUGGGCAGUCGCGUUAUUGGCUUCACUUCCGCUGGCGCUUUGGGCUGUGUGAUGAUGGCUUUCAUUGCAGGCAUUGGCUGGAAGCGGCAGGAACAGAAGAUGACGCCACAGCAACUGCAGGCUUAUCAAUUGGCCAGUGUUCCAAAACGUCUCGAUCUGUUGUGGAAAUUCCUGAAGCCCGUCUCGUUUGCACUCAUUGGCAAGGAAAUCAAUUUCAAUGUGCUCGACGGUCGCGUCCUGGGCUAUGGAGCACUGCUGGUGUUGCUCGGAAGUUUGUUCCGCUUGGCUUUUGCAUAUUUAUCCACAUAUGGCGGAAAUCUGUCGAGAAAGGAACGUGCCUACAUUACAAUUUCCGGUUUUCCCAAGGCAACGGUCCAAGCUGCCCUGGGACCCGUCGCAUUGGAUUUGGCACGUUCUGCCAACGUCGCGAGUGAUUUGACAUUGGCCAGCAACGUGCUCAUCAUUUCGGUUCUGGCCAUUAUUUUCACAGCGCCAUUGGGUGCCAUUUUGAUGCUACGUCUUGCACCAUUUUGGCUUAAACGUGGCGACACCGUAGACAUGGCCCAAACGCCAGUGACACCACAGCGAAAUCAACUCAAUAAUGUCGGCGAACUGACUACAGUGAACACUCAAAAGAGUUCAUAACACUAGGACGAUUCUAUGGUUAAUUCUAAGCUAAUUUCAAGGACAUUCGGUGGGGGGUAGCAUUUUAUUAUUAUGAACUAAUUAAUUAUUGUUUUAAUCCUACUGUAUUUCGUAGUGCAUUAACUAAUAUUAACUGUACUUAACUAAGUACUUAAAUUUCAUUUAUAACGAAAAGUGUCAGAUUAAUCAUAGGAAAAUAAUUAAAAUCAAUUUGACAAUUGAUGUUAACAAUUGUUACUUGUCUUCAAAAUAGAUAAGAGGAAAAACAAAUAUUCCAGCUAAAAUCUGCUGCUCGUAA